CGAGUGCCUCUUUAGAAACAACAACAGCAGCUUCUAUGACAAGAGCAACAGCAGCUUCUGUUACAACAGCUGCAGCAAGUACUUCAUCAUUAUCUGCCGUAACUACCGCUACAUCAGCGUCGGCUAUCGCUGGCAGUUCCCAACGUGUUGAGGAUAAAGCUGAGGACUCUAUUGGACCAGACAGAGUUGCAGGUUAUGGUCAUGUGAUGGACCUGGCUGAGUAUUUGUUUCAUUUAAAAGACAAGGAAAGUAAGGCCAUCACCAACGCAGAAGCUGACCACAUCGUGAAACUGUGGUGUAAAAUGUCCCCUUACGACCAGUCGCCGUCAAAAUAUAAGGACCGACAUCAGACCCAGCUGAUCAAGGGACGCUUCAAGGCACCAAAGACAACCCGGAUACAGCUGGUUCCUGGAGUCCAGAGUGUCAGAAGAUGUGCUUUGGCCCCACACCUUGGCCCAGCCACCUGGCCUGACUGUAACAAGUAUCAGGAAGCCUUGCUGGUCAAGUUGUGCGCAGCCUUUCCGGGUUCCACCACCAAAGAUGGCGUUCAACAGGCGCGGUGGCGGACAGUACUGGAGAAGUACAACCUAAUAAGAGAGAUGGUCUUCAACAGUAAGCGCGUGAUACAGAAUACACGCAUUCAGCUGUCUGAUAUAAACCAGCGCACCUUGACUGCUUGGUUCAGUGCUUGUGGAAAGCGCAGAGAAAGAACCUUGCUGGAACAGGGACUUGCCCUUCAGUCAGUUCCACUGGUAGCGCCUGAAUCACUGCCAGCGCCCCUUAAAAGGCCAGUUUCCUUGGAAAUGGGAACCACUGAACCACACAAGUUCCCCAUACAGAUCACCACGAAAGGCUCCCUCAUUCAUCAAGUGCGCAGAAGAAUUCUGCCACCAGAUGAGGUAAAGCAUGAAGUGCCGGUGCCCAUAGCACCAGCCCCAUUGGUGCGUUUUGUGACUGCUCCCGCCCCUGACCUGGCACUGACUUCGACGAUUUCAGCCCCAGCCGAAUCUUACCUGCCAUACUCUACAAAGCAUUACAGGAAGAGGAAGCUGGAGGCUGAGCAGGCAGGGGAGUUCCGGAGACAGUACCACAAGAAACUGCCCUACCGCAGCUGCAACAAAUGUUUUGAGGACAGGAAUACGGGUGGGCACAAACAGUACUAUGGAAAUUGGUGGUGCCCCUUCAAGUCAUCAGAGUCUUAUGAAGAGUGGAUAGAUGCUCUUAAGUUGAAGGGCUAUGGAAAGAAGAAACCAAAUGAAAAAAGUUAAACAUUAAUAGCUGGACAUUCAUCAUUCACACUUAAACAAUAUCUGGAUAUAAUAGCAUUUUCUGACACUGUGCUUUUGGGCUUAUAAAACAACAGUAUUAACAUUUACUUUAACGACAACAGAAUUAAUAUCAACUUUAGUAACAAUUAAACAAAUCUUAAUGCUGCCUAGCUUUUAUUGAGAAUUACACAGUGGUUUAUUCAUUUGUGUUUUGCAUAUAUAAAAGCUAGAAGGUCCCAAGCCCUUAUGGUACAUGUCACAAGUAAAGUGACAUCUGCCUUGAAAAGCAGAGGGAGAACGAAUUGUGUUUUUUAAAGCUUCGAAUAAUGUAUUUACACAUUUGAUGUUUCUUUACUUUUGGAAAUAGUUAAUUUAUAUGACAUUUAUAAUUGCAACCAAUAUUGCUGUUAACGGGAACUUCCUUAUAGUGUAAGCAAACACACCUUUUCGCGUGAAGAGGAAAUCCAGGUUCAAAUCCUGGUGGGGAUCCCAAAUAAGCAGCAACUCUUUUAAUGUAAAUAAUGCACAGAAUAUUAUUUGUUUUCAUAGUGAAUGGAUUUUAAUAUUUAUAUUAAAAUUGAUACCAA